AGCAGAAUCUGUGCGCUCCCGGAAGUGGCCUGGCGGCUGCGCGCCCAGCCCGGGCCGUGCUAGCUUCUGCUCGGGACUCUGCGGGCCCGGGCAUAGCCAUGACCAGUGAGCUAGACAUCUUUGUGGGGAAUACGACUCUUAUCGACGAGGACGUGUAUCGCCUCUGGCUAGAUGGCUACUCAGUGAGCGAUGCGGUAGCUCUGCGAGUGCGCUCCGGAAUCCUGGAGCAGACAGGGGCCACGGCAGCCGUGCUGCAGAGCGACACCAUGGACCACUAUCGUACCUUCCACAUGCUCGAGCGCCUGCUGCACGCACCCCCCAAACUGCUGCACCAGCUCAUCUUCCAGAUCCCGCCCUCCCGGCAGGCGCUGCUCAUUGAGAGGUACUAUGCUUUUGAUGAGGCCUUUGUUCGGGAGGUCCUGGGCAAGAAGCUGUCCAAGGGUACCAAGAAAGACCUGGAUGACAUCAGCACCAAAACAGGCAUCACCCUUAAAAGCUGCCGGAGACAGUUUGACAACUUUAAGCGAGUCUUCAAGGUAGUGGAGGAAAUGCGGGGCUCCCUUGUGGAUAACAUCCAGCAACACUUCCUCCUCUCCGACCGCUUAUCCAGGGACUAUGCAGCUAUCGUCUUCUUUGCCAAUAACCGCUUUGAGACAGGGAAGAAGAAAUUGCAGUAUCUGAGCUUUGGUGACUUUGCCUUCUGUGCUGAGCUCAUGAUCCAGAACUGGACCCUUGGAGCCGUCGGUGAGGCCCCCACUGAUCCAGACUCCCAGGUGGAUGAUAUGGAUGUUGACUUAGACAAGGAGUUUCUCCAGGACUUGAAGGAGCUCAAGGUGCUGGUAGCUGACAAGGACCUUCUGGACUUGCACAAGAGCCUGGUGUGCACCACCCUCCGGGGAAAACUCACUGUCUUCUCUGAGAUGGAAGCUAACUUCAAGAACCUCUCACGGGGGCUGGUGAACGUGGCUGCCAAGCUGACCCACAAUAAGGACGUCAGAGACCUGUUUGUGGACCUUGUGGAGAAGUUUGUGGAACCCUGCCGCUCCGACCACUGGCCACUGGCUGAUGUGCGGCUCUUCCUGAAUCAGUAUUCAGCAUCUGUCCAUUCCCUGGAUGGCUUCCGGCACCAGGCCCUCUGGGACCGCUACAUGGGCACCCUCCGUGGCUGCCUCCUCCGCCUCUAUCAUGACUAAGAGCCCCAUCCCGCUCAUCAUGACAAUAAAGAUGCCAUUGGACAUUGA